AUGAGGUUGUCCACUAUUGUGAUGUGGCUAGUUGGUGCUCUCCCCUUCGCAAUCGCCUGGGAUCUGCUACUCCGAGACGGAACACCAAACACAGACGCAUUGAAUGUGGCACGAUGUCUUCUGUUCAAUUGGAUGCCUGGCGAAACGCUAGUGGUAUCAGACACGAGAUCUUUCUGCUUCCCUGAAAAUUGCAGCACUUUGUCACUUUUUACCAACACAACAAGAACAGAUCCCAGGCCAUACCGCAAAUUGCUUUCAUGGUGUUUCAACAAGUACGCCAAUGGGAUCUCCCUCACACACUACAAAGGAGCCGACUUCCCGGAGGAUACUGAUUUGGUCGGAAGUCUGUCUGGGGUGGUUUUUGGAGCCGUUGCACUGCCUCCCAUUUGUCAACCAAGAAAGAUCAUAGACGAAUCAAAUGCUCACCCAGUAUCUCCGGGCCAAUGCAGAGUCCAGGGCGAUUUCUCCACGUCGAAUACAUGUCCAUGGAUCGUUGAAACGAAGAUCCUGGUUCAAAGAGUUGAUCUGCUUGAUCUCCUCCUCGGUCAAAUCGAAGUUGUUGACAUCAAGGUUCUGGAUCAAUCUCUCCCUCUGGUUGGACUUAGGAAUCACCAAGAUGUCUCUCUGGGUGGCCCAUCUCAGAAGGACCUGGGCAGUAGAGACAUUGUGUGCCUUGGCAAUGGAGUCGAUCACUUCGUGUUUAAGCAAAGAAAUGUUCUCGGUGGCCUUCUUAUGGUUCAGCUCCACAAACGACUGAGGACCAAACGAGGAGUACCCAACAACGGCAAUGCCCUGGUCCUGGACCCAUUUGAUCAAUUUCUCCUGAGUCAGGUAUGGGUGGUGCUCAAUCUGGAGCAAUUGAGGCUUGAUCUUGGCACUUCUGAGCAAGUCAAGAAUCAAUGCGCCGGAGAAGUUGGAAAUACCAAUCGACUUGACCAAUCCUUCCUCAACCAGUCCCUCCAAGGCCUUCCAGGUGGUUGCCAAAGGAACGUCUUCGAACUCCCAGCCAUUGCUACCGCAGUAGAAUCCUGGAGGAUACUUCUCCUCAAAAGGAACAAACUUUUGAGCAAUUGGGAAGUGGAUGUAAAAGAUGUCCAAGUAGUCCAAUUGCAAGUCGUCAAGCACCUUCUUCACGGCCUUCUUGACGUUGUCUGGGUGGUGGUAACUGUUCCAAAGCUUCGAAACAAUGAACAAUUCCUCUCUCUUGACCAAUCCGUCCUUAAUUGCCCUGUUAACACCCUGGCCAACCUCUUUUUCGUUGCCGUAGUCCAUGGCACCGUCAAACAAACGGUAACCAACCUUGAUGGCCUCAUAGAUCUGAUCCGCGCAGAUGGACUUCUCCACCUUCCAGCAGCCGAAUCCGACAGCUGGCACACUAAUUCCGUUGUUGAGCUUGAUAAGUUUAGAAGUCAUGUUAAAAAAAACAAUUUUGCUGAGAGUUUAAAGUUGGGGUGUUUUCGGCACGAAUUCCCCACAUUAUAUAUGCAACGAAAAGUUGCUAUUUGUGCGAGCGUGAAGAUCCUUGCCACAAUAAAGUUACCGAGGUGUUAG